CUAUCACGUUUGUGAGAAACCUGUCUGCAUCCAGCGAGCGCGGCUUAUCGCUGAGUCUCUGAAUAAGUCCGUUGACCCAUGCACUGACUUCUAUUCGUACGCCUGCGGCGGAUGGAUGGCAAAACACAAGAUACCGAAGAGCCAGCCAAUGACGGGCAGCUUGAUGAUCCUAAAGGAAGAACUCAAGGAGACACUCCGAGACAUAUUAGGAAACAUGACCCUCGUUGGCGAGAACCAGAACGCAACGGACAAAGCUGCUCUCGUCUACAAUGCUUGCUUGGCGGUUCCGGAUCUCGCAGAUCGACGCGACGUCAUCCUUGCUAUUAUGAAUAAUUCGGGACUUGCUCAGUGGCCGAAAACUCGCCGGGACAUAGACACGAAAGGCAAUGCUCCAAACUCCAAGGAGGUCCUCAUCAAGACGAAAAUUACAACUAUUUUUUCGAUUCGUGUCUCAAGAGAUUUUCGGAAUCUCAGCGCCUACGCCAUUCAGCUUGAUCAGCUGGAAUUCCCGACAGUGGGUAGAAAGCAACUCGUCAGACAAAACACUCCCUACAGCAAGCCAAUUAUUGCUGCCUACAAACGGGUCAUUCAAGUGGCGAUGAAGUUCAUGAAGCGCCAGCUGUCUCACGGCAAGCUAGAGGAGCUUUCCAACAACCUUCUAGCAUUUGAAAGAAAGCUGGCCACUAUGACGUUGCCUGCCGAAGAGAGUCGAGAUUUGUCGAAACUUUAUCACAGAACCACCAUCGAAGAAUUGGAGAAAAAUUUCCCUCACAUACCUAUUCAUCGUUUACUCCAGAAGCAGUUUUCCCUUGUAAACAUUACGUUAGCUCGCAAUGAGACUGUGGAACUCUUCGCACUGGGCUACUACAAGAAACUUAAUGAAUUCCUGCGAUGUGCUGACCCUGACACCUUGUUCAACUACGCUGGUUUGCGUCAUAUUCUGAACUGGGCUACGACUGGUUCUCAAGAAAUCCGCAGUGCUUUAUUUGAGCUACGCAAAGUGAAAGUGGGAGUACGUGAACGAAAGCCGAGGUGGGAACUGUGUGUCAGUGAGGUGAAUGAUGCGAUGGCCGAAAGCGUGGGCUACCUCUACGUGCAGCACAAGUUUAGCCAAGAGGCCAAGAAAGAGGUCGAAGACCUUGUGAGCAGAAUCAAGGAUGCCUUCAAUGAAUCUCUACAGACCCUUCCAUGGUUGGAUGAAAUAAGUAAAGCUGCAGCAGAGACGAAGUUGAAAAAAAUGGGCAUGAAAAUUGGAUAUCCUGACUGGCUAUUAAACAGGACGUACAUUGAGGGACUUUACAAAUUUGUACCAAAUCUGCCCCUCAACGCGUCCUACGGGGAGAUGAUGUACGCAAUAUCACUAAACAGGUGGAAACAGGAAAUGCAGAAGCUCCGAAAGGCAUACGACAAAGAGGCCGAGUGGCUAGAAGGGGCUGCAGUUGUGAAUGCUUUCUACAAUCCGAGUGCCAAUGAAAUGGUGUUCCCUUCGGGAAUUCUUCAAGGAGUCCUCUACGAACAUGGCCUUCCACGUUCCAUGAACUUUGGAGCCAUUGGCAUAGUGGUGGGCCACGAAAUGACCCAUGGAUUCGACGACACAGGAGGGCAGUUCAACGCAGAAGGUGCCUUGAAACAAUGGUGGACGAAGGACACUCGCACUGAAUUCAUGAAGAGGGCCAGAUCUUUCCAGUAUGAAUACGGAAAUAUCACCGACAUAGAAGCAAGAAUGAAGCUAAAUGGCAGAAACACUGUGGGCGAGAACAUUGCCGACAACGGUGGAGUCCGUUUGGCAUUCGAGGCGUAUAAAAAACUUUUGGAAGAAGAGUACGGAAACGUGGACACUCGGUUAAAAGGUCUGGAAGCUGUUACUGGGAAGCAGCUGUUCUUCAUCGCUACCGGAAUGGUAUGGUGCAGCUUGAGCCGACCCGAGUUCCUGAUGCUGCGGAUUCUGUACAACUCGCACAGCCCAGCUCGAUACAGAGUCAACGUGCCCUUGUCAAAUAUGGCAGCCUUCUCGGAUACUUUCAACUGCCCCGUGAACUCCCCGAUGAACCGCAAACACCGGUGCAAGUUGUGGUGAGGAAUUCUCAAAAACGAAGAGCAAGCACGGCUAGCAACUUUUGAGUUUUUUUUAACUUUUACAAUAAAUUGCGGCACCUGCACUAACCAGUGCCUUGGGAAAAUAAACAACGCUAAACCCUA